AACAGGGCAAAGGCGAGCGGAAGAUGUCUCACGUCGAAUUGGCGCUGGAGCGGGUUUCCACCUUCCAAGCAGCGCACAGCGCAGGUAAGAGACCGGGAGAUCCCUCUGCGCUCCCGCUGUACACAGUUUUAAACCGGCCCAUUCGUUCCACAGUACUGGUUUCAAGUCGGCUCUAUAAAAUCGGAGCGCCCAGGGUAGGCGGAACAAAAGAAACUACAUUUCCCUGCAGGCCGUGGGUACCCGGUCCCAGCCACUCUUUCCGGCGCGUGCCGAGUGGUAGAAGAGACGCCCGGUGUGCAGGCAUGGAUCCCAGCAGCCGGUGGCGGAACUUGCCCAGCGGGCCCAGCCUGAAGCAUUUGACCGACCCUUCUUACGGGAUCCCGCGGGAACAGCAAAAGCCAGCAUUGCAGGAGCUGACGCGGGCGCACGUCGAGUCCUUCAACUACGCCGUGCGCGAGGGGCUCAGCCACGCGGUGCAGGCCAUCCCGCCUUUUGAAUUCACUUUCAAAGAUGAGCGGAUUUCUCUUACCAUUGUGGAUGCUGCCAUCAGCCCACCCACGGUUCCAAAAGGGAGCAUCUGCAAAGAGCUCAACAUUUACCCAGCAGAGUGCCGGGGCCGGAGGAGCACCUACCGGGGAAGGCUGACAGCUGAUAUCAGCUGGGCAGUGAAUGGAAUCUCAAAAGGAGUCAUCAAACAGUUUCUUGGCUAUGUUCCCAUCAUGGUGAAAUCCAAGCUUUGCAACUUGUACAGCCUUUCUCCAAGAGCCCUCAUCGAGCACCAUGAGGAAGCGGAGGAAAUGGGAGGCUAUUUUAUAAUCAAUGGCAUCGAAAAAGUCAUCCGAAUGUUGAUUAUGCCUCGCAGAAAUUUCCCCAUUGCAAUGGUAAGGCCAAAAUGGAAAAGCAGAGGGCCUGGCUAUACUCAGUAUGGAGUUUCAAUGCACUGUGUGAGGGAAGAACACUCUGCUGUCAAUAUGAACCUUCACUACUUGGAAAACGGCACGGUUAUGUUGAACUUUAUUUACCGGAAAGAACUGUUUUUUCUUCCUUUGGGAUUUGCACUGAAGGCCCUUGUCAGCUUUUCCGAUUAUCAGAUUUUUCAGGAGCUCAUCAAAGGGAAGGAGGAUGACUCUUUCUUGAGGAACUCUGUUUCUCAGAUGUUAAGGAUUGUGAUGGAAGAGGGAUGUGCCACCCAGAAACAGGUCCUUAACUACCUGGGUGAACGCUUCAGAGUAAAAGUCAAUCUUCCCGACUGGUACCCAAAUGAACAAGCUGCAGAGUUUCUGUUCAACGAGUGCAUCUGUAUCCACCUGAAAUCCAACACCGAAAAGUUUUACAUGCUUUGUCUCAUGACCCGGAAGCUCUUUGCUUUAGCCAAAGGCGAGUGCAUGGAGGAGAAUCCCGACAGUUUAGUGAAUCAAGAAGUCCUGACCCCAGGUCAGCUCUUCCUCAUGUUUCUAAAGGAAAAAUUGGAAGCUUGGUUGGUGUCUAUUAAGAUAGCUAUAGAUAAGAAGGCUCAGAAAACCAGUGUGUCCUUAAACACUGAAAAUUUGAUGAAGAUUUUAAAUCUGGGAAUAGACCUCACCAAGCCAUUCGAAUACCUUCUUGCUACUGGGAAUCUACGUUCUAAAACAGGUCUUGGCUUCCUGCAGGAUUCUGGACUCUGUGUCGUGGCUGACAAGCUGAACUUCAUACGCUACCUCUCCCACUUCCGCUGUGUGCACAGAGGGGCUGAUUUUGCCAAGAUGCGGACGACCACGGUGCGCAGGCUGCUGCCAGAGUCCUGGGGCUUCCUCUGCCCCGUGCAUACCCCUGAUGGGGAGCCCUGUGGUCUGAUGAACCACUUAACCGCCACGUGCGAGGUCGUCACCCAGUUCGUGUAUACAGCCUCUAUUCCAGCUUUGCUCUGCAGCUUGGGGGUCACUCCCGUGGACAGUGCACCACAUCGGCGGUACAGCGAGUGCUACCCUGUCCUCCUGGAUGGCGUCAUGGUUGGCUGGGCAGACAAGGAGCUCGCUCCUAGCAUCGCUGACUCCCUCCGACAUUUUAAGGUGUUGAGAGAAAAAAGAAUUCCUCCCUGGAUGGAGGUGGUCCUGAUCCCCAUGACAGGAAAACCAAGUCUGUACCCAGGAUUGUACCUUUUCACCACGCCUUGCAGACUGGUGCGGCCUGUGCAGAACCUGGGAUUAGGCAGAGAAGAACUAAUUGGAACUAUGGAACAGAUCUUCAUGAAUGUUGCCAUCUUUGAGGAUGAGGUUUUGGCUGGAGUUACCACCCACCAGGAGCUCUUCCCUCACAGCCUGCUGAGUGUGAUCGCCAACUUCAUCCCGUUCUCUGACCACAACCAGAGUCCGAGGAACAUGUACCAAUGCCAGAUGGGUAAGCAAACCAUGGGCUUUCCUCUUCUCACGUUUAAAGACCGAUCAGAUAAUAAACUGUAUCGGCUUCAGACUCCACAAAGCCCUCUAGUGAGACCGUACAUGUAUGAUUAUUAUGACAUGGAUAACUACCCAAUUGGGACAAAUGCCAUUGUUGCUGUCAUUUCUUACACUGGCUAUGAUAUGGAAGAUGCCAUGAUUCUGAAUAAGGCCUCUUGGGAGCGAGGCUUUGCCCAUGGAAGUGUCUACAAGUCUGAGUUCAUAGAUCUGUCUGAAAAAAUUAAACAAGGUGAUGAUAGUCUGGUGUUUGGUGUCAGACCUGGUGACCCACGGGUUGCGCAGAAGCUGGAUGAUGAUGGAUUGCCAUUUGUUGGAGCACAGCUGCAGUAUGGAGAUCCGUAUUAUAGCUACCUGAACCUCAACACCGGGGAAAGCUUUGUGGUGUACUAUAAGAGUAAAGAAAACUGUAUUGUGGAUAACAUCAAGGUGUGCGGUAAUGACACCGGAAGUGGCAGGUUCAAGUGUGUUUGCAUCACGAUGCGAGUCCCUCGGAACCCAACUAUUGGGGAUAAAUUUGCCAGUCGUCAUGGGCAGAAGGGCAUCUUGAGCAGGUUGUGGCCGGUGGAGGACAUGCCAUUCACAGAGAGCGGGAUGGUCCCGGACAUUCUGUUCAAUCCUCACGGUUUUCCAUCCCGCAUGACCAUCGGUAUGUUGAUCGAGAGCAUGGCAGGAAAGUCUGCAGCUUUGCAUGGUCUCUGCCAUGAUGCUACACCCUUCAUCUUCUCAGAGGAGAACUCAGCCCUGGAAUACUUUGGUGAGAUGCUGAAGGCUGCCGGCUACAACUACUACGGCACGGAGAGAUUGUACAGUGGCAUCAGUGGGCUGGAGCUGGAGGCAGACAUCUUCAUAGGCGUGGUUUAUUACCAACGCUUACGCCACAUGGUCUCGGACAAAUUCCAAGUGAGAACAACAGGAGCCAGAGACAGAGUCACUAACCAGCCUAUUGGGGGAAGAAAUGUCCAGGGUGGAAUCCGUUUUGGAGAGAUGGAGCGGGAUGCUCUCUUAGCACACGGUACAUCUUUUCUCCUUCACGACCGCCUCUUCAACUGCUCGGAUCGGUCGGUGGCCCACGUGUGUGUGAAAUGUGGCAGUCUGCUCUCCCCAUUGUUGGAGAAGCCACCCCCGUCGUGGUCCGCCAUGCGCAACAGAAAGUACAGCUGCUCUCUGUGUAAUCGCAGUGACACCAUCGACACGGUUUCCGUGCCUUAUGUCUUUCGGUAUUUUGUGGCUGAACUGGCAGCUAUGAACAUCAAAGUGAAACUGGAUAUCAUUUAACUUGAUGCUGGCCUUUGGGUCAGGAUCACUGUUGGGUUAAAACAGAAUGUAACUUUGUAACUUUAGUUCAGUGAGGCUAUUGAUGGGUUACUUGGGAGCUUUUCAAGGUUUUCAGAGCUCUCAGCCAAGACCCGGCAACUAAGAAUUUGGUUUCUGAGUCUCUCUGUCAUAAUUACUACUGAAGAUCAUUUUCAGUGUAUUUGCUCAGAGAUUCCAUAAGUAUCUUUUUUUUAAAUGGUACAUUGAUAAAAAGGAAAUUCAGGGAAAAGUCUUUCCAACCCCAUGUUUUUUUAUCCUGCUUUUACCAGCAGUGACUCUCAGACCUUUAUUUGUCCAUGUGGAGCACAGCAGCCCAAUAUAAAUACAGUAUAAGUCAUAUGUGUAACUUUAUAUUUUCUUAUAUCCACAUUAAAGUAAUAACAAGAGGUAGGACUGUUUUUAACAGCUUUGUUGGAGUGUAAUUGUUACACAAAAAAGGCACCUAUUUAAUGAAUAUAAUCUAGUGGCUUGAACAGAAGCAUACACCUGUGAAGGACCACCACAAUCAUGGUAAUAAACACCACCUCCAGAAGUUUCCUUGUGCUCCUUUGGGUUGUGUUUCUUUGGCUGGUUUUUUUGGCAAGAACCAUAAGCUUGGGAGUUCUCUUGUGGCGCAGCAGAAUCUGAUGUGUCACUGUAGCGGCCUGGGUCACUUCUGUGGCACCAGCUCAAUCCCAGGAAUUUCCACAUGCUGUGGGUGUGGCCAAAAAUGAAAAAAAAAAAAAACAAAAACAAAAAACGAGCUUAACACCUACCCUUUUAACAAAUGUUUAAUAAGUGUAUGAUACGGUACUGAUGAUAGAUACAACAGUGUAAGCAAAUCUCUAGAAUUUACUCAUUGGGUAUAAGUGGAACUUUAUACCCAGUGAAGAGCAGCUCCCCAUUUCCCCUUCCUCCAGUCCCUGAUAACCAUCGUUCUGCAUCCUGGUUCUCUGGGUUUGACUAAUUUAGCUACCUCAUACCUCAUCCAGUAUCUGUCCUCGAACUAGCUUAUUUUUACCUAGCUUAAUGUCUCCUACAUUCAUCCAUGUUGCAUAUGGCAGAAUUUCCUUUUUUUUUAGGGCUGCACCCACAGCAUAGAGGUUCCCAAACUAGGGGUUGAAUUGGAGCUACAACUGCUGGCUGGCACCACAGCCAGAGCAACGCCAGAUCCAAGCUGCAUCUUCGACCUAUACCACAGUUCACAGCAACGCCACGUCCUUAACCCACUGAGUGAGGCCAGGGAUCAAACCCACAACCUCAUGGUUCCUAGUUGGAUUCAUUUCCACUGUGCCAUAUGGUUACUCCAGAAUCUCCUUUUUAAGGCCAUAUAAUACUCCAUUGUGUGUAUGUAGCAUAUAUUCUUCAUCUCUUGAUGUUAAUUUAGGUUGUUUCCAUAUCUUAGAAAUAAUGUCAAUACUAAUAUUUAAUGUAAUACAGCCAAAAUGACAUAGUGAAUAUUAAAAAUUUACUGAGAUAUUUUACAUUUUUUUAUACUAAAUCUCUAAAAUCUAGUAGCUGUUAUUUUCUUACCUGUGUACAAUAUCAUAUUUUAUAUCAUUGUAUUGUCUCCUGCUGAUGGACAUUUGGGCUGUUCCUUCCUUGGAACAGUUCUGGCAACAGACAAUCUUGUAUUCACUUCUGCAAACUUAAAGUGCUUUUUGAUGUUAAAACUUUACUAAGAUAAUUCUUUAUU